CUUCUCUCUCUCUCUCUCUGUUCCUCACACACACAGCCUCACUGCCUUUCUGUCUUUUUUCCUCUUUCCCACACAGGUCCAUCUCCAGUGGCCAUCUAGGCAUCUACAACUCUAGAAACUUAUCUCCUCUCUUUCCCCCUCCCCCCAUCUUGCUCUCUCUUUCUCAGACCCAGAUUGUUUUCAUUUCCUCUUCACAGAAUUUGUUUCUCAUCCUUUUGGUGUUUACCCCAACAUAGCCUUAUUCUUCCAUCAUUCAUUUGUUUCAUCUUCAUCCUCCUCAGUCCUUUGCUCCAACUAUAGAAAAUCCACCACUAUCCUGCCGCUUUCACCACAAAGCACCUUCCUUUUCACACCCAUCCAUCGUUCUCAUCGUUUUCCCGAGUCAUCAAUCAUCAGCCUCCAGAUUUAGUUGAAAUGCAGGCUGUUUGGGGACUGUUUAGCCCCUGAUUCUUCAUUUUACUGCUACCCUUUGGUGCUCCCAUUACUCCAGUGAUACGCACUUAUGAUUUUCUUGAAGAUUAUCGGCUUCCAAACGAUCCUGAAAUUUGGAGUUUUCACUGUAGCUGGGUAUCGUUGCUGUCGGUUUUGAAGGUGAUUGUGUGUUCAGCUGCAGCAAGAUGCUUUAGGGCUUUCAUCUGAAACCCAGUCCUGCAAUUUUCAGGUAUUUAGUGAGUGGGUCAAGGAUCUUGCUUCUGAAUCUGUGUUACUGUGCUUGCUUUUGAAUUCAGAAUCGCUAUAUCCACUGGUUUCUUUUGGACCGUUUGAGCUUGAGGAGGAAGAUUAAAGGUUUUAUUAUCUCGUGUUAAACCUGCUUCUGACUCAAUUAUUGCAUAAUGGCGAAGAAUAAGGGAGGGUUUGAUUUUGCUGAGGAAUGAAAUGCCCAGAAGAUUCCCAAGUCAAAGUCUUUGGCAUUGCCUCUGAGUGCUUCUUUUAAAAGGAUUCUACUUCUGAAAGCAAAAGCCAGUCCUGAAAGGAAACAAGGGCCGUAACGGUUGAAACCUUCAAAGCUGCUUUAAUAGCCUCUGGGGAGAAUAUUUCUCUUUACCAACCUUCCGUUUUAUGUUAUUUUUUCAUUCAUUAGAUCAAAACGUGCCUGCCAAUUGUAGAUGUUGAAGCGUCCUGGAACAAAUUUAUUGCGUAUCACUUAGCUGUUCCGUUAUAAUUCUUUGAGAUUUGAGGCUCUCAGGUAUAAUACUGGGAUUGACAUAUCUGGGUAUCUCCAAGCAGAUAGCUACAAACCCACACCAUUACAGAGCGACAUUGAGCUGAAUUGCCAAAAUUCUCAAAGCAUCGAUGGGACUUCGCAGAAGUCUCGCGAUGCUUGUGCUUGUUCUGCUGCUAUACUUUGAAUGGUUUCCUCAUGCGAAAGCUCAGUCUUCUGCUACAAAUGGCUCAUCAAGAAGCGCAAGGGACCUUGAUGCACUUCUUCAAGAUUAUGCUUACAUGGCUUUGAUGAGACCAGUGACAGGAAAAAUUUAUGAUGGGACUGUACCUUCCAAUUUGACUGGAAUUAAUAUUGCAGCAUUGAGGCUAAGAAGUGGCAGUUUGAGGAGAAGGGGUGUUGAUAAGUACAAAGAGUUUAACAUUCCUAUGGGACUUAUUGAGACGCCAUAUGUAGUAAGACUUGUUUUGGUGUACCAAAAUCUGGGCAAUUGGUCACGUACGUACUAUCAGACUCAGUUGCCAAAUUAUACAUUCUUGGCUCCUGUACUGGGGCUUCUUGCUUAUGAUGGCACUGAUUUGUCUGCUACAAACCUGCACGAACUGAAUAUAAUUGCAUCUGGUGACCCCAUUUCGAUUAAGUUUGAUGGUGUAAGGCAAGCUCCCGAUGGUGCUGUUGCAAGAUGUGUCUUGUUUGACUUACAGGGUUCAUUCAAUUUUAGCAAUGUCACAGAAGGUAACACAUGUUCAACUUCCCAACAGGGCCAUUUCUCUAUUGUGACUGAGUCCAUCGGUCCCUCUCCAUCGCCUGCACCCGGUCCUGGUGCUCCAGUAGUGCCCCCGGCUCCUAGUGAGCGAGCAGAGAAGAAGAGUAGCAGGAAAGUGGGGAUUAUUGUUGGGUCGGUUUUGGGUGGACUGGCCCUUCUGGUGUUAUUGUCAUUACUGGUUUUGUGGGUGCAGAAGUUUAAGAAAAAGAAGAGAAGGCAACAGAUGGAAAGGGAAGCAGAGGUGGGAGAAGCUCUUCAUAUGGCCCCUAUUGGGGAUACGAAAGCUCCUGCUGCAUCGGGUACUCGAACACAACCGGCCCUUGAACAUGAAUAUGCGCCAUGAAAAAACACUAUUUUUGCAGAAUCUUGGGAUGCUCAUCUUCUUCUUCCACUGUAUUCAGGAAUUCUUCUGAUCACUCACACCUUUUUUUGGUGGUGUUGUCUUUCUUUUUCCCCUCCCCAUCGUUUGCUUAGGCUCCUGGGUUUCAUAAAAUUGUUGGUAAUAUAGGAUUUUUAUGUAUAUCUGCUAUCUCUUUGUUGAUUCAUUGUGGUGUGAAUGUAGCAGCAAGCAACCCAAAGUGAUUCUAUAUGUGAUGAUGAUUCAGUUGUUUCAUUGACAGAGAAUAAAAAAACAAUGUAGCUUCUACAUUUUGGUCUUA